AAUCCCAAACCAGCAACAACAACAACAACAAAAAGCAGAGAUUGCUGCUUUAUUUUCAGUUGUUUCGCUUCCUCAUUGGCGUCUACUGCUGGGCAAAAGCUCGAGGAAAGCCACAUCUCCCAUGGUGCUUUGCGCUCACCGGGGUGUGGCGCGUCCACACACUCACACGCCCACAAGAGUUUUUCCGAGCGGACUUGAGGCUGUCCGUCCUUCUAGUCCUCUCUUGCUUCGCCUCGCCGCUUCUCUCCGUGCACUCACCGGGUGGGACAGCUGCAGCUCUGCGAAUUUAUUCUUGUAGGGGGAAAAAAAGGAAACCAACUCCUGUCAACAUGGCCAGCAGAGGAACCGUCAAAGCCAGCGCCAACUUCAACGCCGACGCCGACGCCGAGGUCCUGUACAAGGCCAUGAAAGGCCUGGGCACAGACGAGGAAGCCAUCUUGCAGCUGCUGACAUCCCGCAGCAAUGCCCAGCGUCAGCGGAUCAUCGCCGUCUACAAGACUCUCUUCGGAAAGGAUCUGACACAAGACCUGAAGGGGGAGCUUGGGGGUAAAUUUGAGACUCUCAUCGUGGCCCUGAUGACUCCGCCCCUUGCCUAUGAUGUCAUGUCACUCCGCAAUGCCGUCAAGGGGGCAGGCACCGACGAGAAGGUGCUGGUGGAGAUACUAGCGUCUAGGACCGCUCAUCAGGUGAAGGACAUCGUAGCUGCCUAUCGACAAGAGUACGAUGACGACCUGGAGGAGGACGUGUCAGGCGACACCUCAGGUCACUUCAAACGGCUCCUGGUCAUCCUGCUCCAGGCCAACAGGCAGACUGGCAUCCAGGAGGCAAACAUCCAGGCUGAUGCUGGGGUCCUCUUCAAGGCCGGCGAGAACAAGUUCGGCACCGACGAGCAGACCUUUGUCACCAUCCUGGGAAACCGCAGCGCCGAGCACCUCAGGAAAGUGUUUGACGCCUACAUGAAGCUGUCGGGCUACGAGAUGGAGGAGAGCAUCAGGAGGGAGACAUCCGGAAGCCUCAGAGAGCUUCUGCUCGCCGUCGUGAAGUGUGCCAGGAGCGUCCCGGCCUAUUUUGCUGAGACUCUGUACUACGCAAUGAAGGGUGUUGGAACUGACGACAACACUGUGAUCCGUGUGAUGGCCAGUCGCAGCGAGGUGGACUUGUUGGACAUCCGAGCUGAGUUGAGGAGGAUGUUUGCCUGCUCGCUCCAUUCCAUGAUCAUGAGCGACACUAGCGGCGACUACCGCAAGGCUUUACUCCUUCUCUGCGGCGGGGAUGACGCGUAACCACAGCAACAGUGGCUAACCCGACGCCUACCUCCAGUGGUUUUGGGAGACGACCGAGCUCGUUGGAAGUUACUCACCGCAUAAACGUUGCCGACAGACGAGCCGUCGGGUGCUUUUUAAACUCUUAAUAGCCGAUCUUUGAAAGGUAGCUAACGUUUCACUUUCUCGUUCAAUCUGCUUUUUAACAAUGGUCCGCUAAUUUUACGAAUGAUUCUAUUUCUAUGUGUUUGCACUUGUUUGACACAUGACUCAAUAAUAAACUUUUCAAUUGAUGAAGUACAAUUAAAUAU